GAAAUUUGCACUCCCCCACAGACCGUGACAGAGAAAUUCCAUACCCAUCACAGACCGUGACAGAGAAACCAAAUACCCGUCACAGAGAAACCCCAAUAUCCAUCACAGACCGUGACAGAGAAACCCUAGUACCCAUCACAGACCAUGGCAGAGAAACCCUAGUACCCAUCACAGACCAUGACAGAGAACCUUCGGACUCGUCACAGACCGUGACAGAGAAACCCUAAUACCCAUCACAGACCGUGACAGAGAAACACCAAUAGCCAUCAAAGACCGUGACAGAGGAACUCCAGGAACCAUCACAGACCGUGACAGAGAAAUUGUAGUUUUGAAACAUCAAAUAAACGGUAAGCUACAAAUCAAUCUUGAAGAAAUGGAACAAAACGAUGCCCAUUUAAUUAGUAACAAUAGGUCCAUCGUGUUUCACAUUUUUAAUCCCGCAAGGGAUUGCGCUAACAGCUUUUUAAAUAAAAAUGGUUAAAGAAUUAUCAAGUCUCACUUAUGUUAUUUUGGUUCUAGUGAACUCAAUCAUUGGGUUUUUAGCGUGCUGUGCAAUUGGAAAUACUAAUUGAAUUAAUACAGAAACAAACAAAACUGUGGUCAAUAUGAAGAAAUUAAAUGGUGAUAAAGUAAAUAUAUAUUUUUAUAUUCAAAGUAAUAGCUCACAACUAUUAAAAUUAUAUCCAGAAUUUGAAGAUUUUCCUAAACUCGAAUUAUGUAAAAGUCAGGAAAAUUCAAUUAUUCUAGCAAAAAGUUGCUAUUUUAUUAUCUGUAAUAUAUGAUUCAUUUCUUCCAUACGCUCUGUAUGGACCACCACUUUUGCCGGUGAUUUUAAUGAUCAUUACAUCUUUAUUUUUAUUUGGUACAAACUUUUUAAAUGAUCAAGGAACCAUUAUCGUCAUCGAAUCAACAUCCAUUAUAGCUGGUUAUCUGAUGAUAGUUGGACAAUGUGUAUUUGCUCGUUAUGGCGAUAAAUUAAAAUAUCAAUAUAGAAAAUUUAUAGAAUGUUUACCACGUUAUUGCAGAUGUCGUCAUCACAUUUAUGAUAAUUUGGACGUUUAGUUGCUGACUAAUAUAAAAAAAAAAGAUUUAUUAUUUUUUUUUAUUGAUUCAUAUUAUCCUGUUGAAAAUAUAGUUUAUUUCUUAUUCUGUUAUCUCUAGAUUUAAGUCAUCAUGAACAUUGUGUAAUUCGUCUUGUUCAUCAAGUGUUAUUUGCACAUUUACAAUAAUAUCGGGAUAGAUCUAAAGAUUAUGGUUUACGUACAUCACUUAAUGCACUACGUGAAACAUUUGUUUAUCAAUAUAUGGAAGAAUUAUUAAGAUCGGAUCCAGAACAUGAACGUGUUCAAAUUAUGUAUGAUAAACAUAAAACAAGUCUUGAUUUAACUAAGCAAGUUGAUAAAGAACUUAUUAAUGAAGAUAAAGAAGAAGAUGAUGAUGAUAAUGAACCAUAUGCUACUGAUGGAGAUUCGUCUAGUAAUCUACGGCAAUUUUUUAAUGAUUCAUAUGAAUCAAAUAUGUUUAUUCAAAAUGUAUUUAUUGAAUCACAUGAUCUUCAUUUCCGAAUCUUGCUCUAUUUACUCGCAUACAUGUGA